CAAGAACCAUGCCAUAUCAUCUCCUCUUCACCUUGUUUCUCUUUUGUAUUUUCUCCACGAAUCAUGCCUGCACCCAAAUAGACCGCGACUCUCUCUCGUCCUUAGCCUCCAACUGGUUGUCUUCUCCUCCACUAAAUUGGUCUUCCAUUAAUUGUUGCCAGUGGGAAGGUAUUUCUUGUGAUCAUAAACGUCAUGUCACCCAUAUUUGGUUACCUUCUAAAGGCAUCGGUGGAAGUAUAUCUCUCUCUAUUGGAAACCUCACACAGCUCUCACACCUCAAUCUUUCCCACAAUUCACUUUCGGGUCCUCUCUUUACAGGAUUGUUUUCGUCCUUGAAUCAACUCAAGGUCAUUGAUUUGAGCUACAACCGUCUAUUUGGAGAUAUAUCUGGUUGGCCUGCCUCCAUUCAAAUUGUUGAUAUAUCUAGCAAUCACUUCAGCGAGACAAUCCAAUCUUCUUUCCUUCAAAGAGCAUGGAGGUUGACCGAGCUCAAUGUCAGCAACAAUAGUUUCACGGGUCCCAUUCCUUCGUUUCCAUGCAGCAAUUCUUCCUUGGUUAGGCUACUCGAUUUCUCCCGUAAUCAUCAUAGUGGCCAUAUUCCCAGUGGAUUAGGCGCGUGUUCCAAACUAAAGGUUUUUCGGGCAGGUUUUAAUUCUCUCUCGGGACUGCUCCCUCCUGAUAUAUACAAUGCGACAAGGUUAGAAGAAAUCUUCUUACCUGUCAAUAAUAUUUCAGGAUUCAUUAGUAGUGACAUUAUGAACCUUGCUAAACUCACCAACCUUGAGUUAUCUAGCAAUAAAUUGAGUGGCAAGCUUCCCAUGAAUAUUGGAAAGCUCUCCAAGUUAAAGAACUUAAUCCUUCAUACAAACUCCUUAACAGGUUCUUUGCCCCCAUCUUUGGUGAAUUGUACAAAUCUCACAAACCUGAUUUUACGGUACAAUUUCUUUGAAGGUGACAUCUCCUCCUUCAAUUUCUCCCAUCUUCAUCAACUUACUCGAAUUGACUUGGGGUUUAAUGGGUUCUCCGGUAACAUGCCAUUAAGCCUCUACUCAUGCAAGUUCUUGAUCGCAAUUCGACUAGCUGAAAACCAACUAAAGGGACAAAUCCCGCCUGAGGUGGUUCAAUUGAAAUUCUUAUCCUUCCUUUCACUUCCUAAUAAUAGGCUAAUCAAUAUCACAGAUGCAAUCAAGACUUUGAUGCGUUGCAAGCCACUCACCAUAGUCCUCCUUGGAAAAAAUUUUCUACAUGAGGCAAUGCCAGGUGAUGACAAUGUUUUGGGUUCUUAUGGAUUUGAAAAUGUUCAAGUUUUGAGUUUUAGAGAGUGCCAACUGAGUGGUCAACUACCUAUAUGGCUAUCUAAGCUUAAGAAGCUAGAAAUCCUAGAACUUAAUUCCAAUCGUAUCACAGGUUCAAUUCCUGUUUGGUUGUCGACUCUUCCAAGGCUCUUGUAUUUAGAGUUGUCUGAUAACCUCAUUUCAGGUGAAUUCCCAAAGGAGCUUUGUGAAUUGCCAGCAUUAGUGUCACCAAAGGCUCAAUUUGACAAUAAUUGUUUGGAUUUACCACUAUUUACUACAGCAAUAGGUAUCCAAUACAAUACUCUCUCGUACAUGGGACCGUCAAUAUUAGUUCGAAGCAACAAUCUUAGUGGCAACAUCCCCAUUGAGAUCAAUCGUUUAAAGUUGCUUCGUGAACUGGAUCUUAGUGAUAACAAUUUUUCAAGCAGCAUCCCAUACCAAAUGUCUGAGCUUACAAACCUGGAAAGAUUGGACCUCUCUGCAAAUCGGUUGUCGGGUGAAAUACCAGCAUCACUAACUAGUUUGCAUUUCCUGUCUCAUUUUAAUGUUGCAUACAACAAUUUGCAUGGACCAAUACCAUCAGGCACUCAGCUCCAGAGCUUUGAUGCCUCUGCAUAUGAGGGCAAUCCUGGACUUUGUGGUGUCCCACUUCUAGAGUGUGCCCAUAUUGUUAGCAGUAAUGGAGGCAAGGACAUUCAAAAUGAGGAAGAUAGGCUUGGAUUGCCAUGGUUUCCAAUUUGUGUGGUUCUCGGCUUCAUUACAGGAUUUUGGGGCGUUUGUGGUCCUUUAAUUUUUAGCUAUAAGUGGAGAGUUGCAUAUUUCCAAUUUUUCGACAAUGUAAAAGAUAGGUUCUACGUCAAACUAGUAGUGUUGUUGGCCAGAUUACACAGAAGGUUAUGAGUGUAUAAUCUUCUUCCUUUACAG